AUGUCUUCUUCAAACUCUUCUGGUAUUUGCAAAUAUGCUUUAUCAGGCGCGGCGCCAACAAAAGCUUUAUUAUGCUGUACGGAAAAGAAUAAUACAUGUGUCGCGAAUCCAACUGUAUGCACAUCUGCUAGUACUUUAGGUUAUUGUUGGCAAAUUUCCGAACUUCAAGCAUGUGGAAGGACUGAUUCAAUUGCCAGUACCGCCUGCCAAUAUAAAACUGGAAUAUUUUGUUUACAAGGUCAUUACGUAUAUUCUAGUGACUCUUCGGAUAAAAGCUCUUUAGCUGUAAAUUGGAUAUUAGGUCGGAAUCAAAUGAAGGAUUCUUAUAAUCCUACCACUGGAUGUUGCUCUUAUAGUUGCAAUCUUGACACUAGUAAUUCUUGUGGCUCCACCUCUGUAAAAGCUCAGUGUGGUGAUUCUUUGACAUCUGGAACAUGUCAAGUUGGACCUUCAAAUAAUAUUUUUAACUUUGCUUACGUUGCGGAAGUAUGUGAUACGAACUUGGAUCUUAUAAUUCAACCUUCCAAUAUUACUUUAACGCCAACAUCUGUGAAUCCAAAUUCUCCUUUGUAUUCGUCUAAAAGUGGAUCCUCUAACAAUAACGAUAACAAUAGCUCAGGUACAGGUACUGCCGCUGGAUCUAUUGUUGAUAAUAAUGACAAUAAUGUUCCAGUCUAUAAUUAUGGUAGUCCUAGUAUGGUAUACGUCCAAUAA